AUGUUGUGCUGGCACGAGGACUUCAUUUCAAUGGCGGAUAAACAGUUGGGAGGCUCUUUCAUCAUCCGAUUCGACUACCGAGACACUGGAACAUCUACAAAUUUCCCCCUAGGAGAAGCGGCUCACUAUUCCAUAAACGACUUGUGCGACGAUGCCGUCGCUAUUCUAGACGAAUUGCGCAUCGAGUCCGCCAACCUCGUCGGGUUCAGUCUCGGAGGCGCCAUCGCAUGGGUGAUUGCUUCUCAGCAUCCGCAGCGCGUGAGAAGCGUCUCUCUUUUCUCAUCAAGUCCUGUCGGCCCAUUGCCAUCUGGCCAAGACGCCCUUCCGCAAUGGAACUCCGAGCUCAGCGCUCAGCGCGCAACGGCGCCUUUCCCCAGCGAUUGGCAGAAUCUAGACAUGGUCACGGACUUUCUGAUGUUCUGCGUCGACUGUACUUCAUUUCCCAAGUCCGAAGGUGCUGAGCGCGAGGAAAUAUACCGUAGACAGACCAUCGAGUUUGCGCGCGUCUCCAGGCAGGGCAAUAGUGUGCAGAGCAUUUUUAACCAGAGUGCAGCUGUAUCUGGACGCUAG